AUGAGCGUUGAUGAAAGUUUUGGAGACGAGACCAUCGAACAGAGCAUUUUCAGCAGAGAAGAUUACUAUCCUACACCCAAUGAGUCGAAAUUAAGCUACGCGCAGCGAGGCAAAAGUAGUCUGAUCAUGAGAACAGACUUGUACGCACUAAUUGUGAAACUAACGUCGCCAAUAGAUGCAAUUGAGUACAUGUUUCUGUCGGAUUUUUUUCUGUCGUAUCGCAAAUUCAUGAAACCUAUUGAACUUUUAGAUCUGCUGAAAUGUAGACUUCAAUGGACAUUUAACGAAAUUAUGUGUGGCAAUAGUAGCCGCGAGAAAAUCGGCCAGGUAGCAGCGGUGCGCACGUUUGUGGUGUUUAGACAUUGGAUUCUAAAUUAUUUUGCUCAAGAUUUCCUCACAGACGCAGUGUUGAGAAAGAAGUUCGUUUCGGACAUUAACGAACUACAAUGGGAUAACUCUAAGCCGACCCCGAAACUUAUACAGGGAAUCGUCAUAACGAUCAAAAAAUCGUGGGUCAUGUGUCUGAAGCUGAUGUGGGAAGACGUUUCACCAGACAUUACACCGUCCAAUCCCGAAGAAUGGCUGCAUUUCCCAAUUCGAGACAUAACACCCGAAUCACUGCCUUCUGGUGAGGGAGGCAAACGGCUUAGCUUUUAUGCUCUUCAAAGCUCUCAAAAUCCCGAAUUUCGUAAUAGAAGUGUUCUUUCUCUCUACAUGUCCAAAGAAAAUUUCCAGCUACCAGAAACAAGCGACGAAUCGAGUCCUAAAACAAGCGUCAAGGUCAAACAGCGUACCGCUAGUAUGUUUCUGUUUCCACGAGAUAACUCCUCUCCCGUCGUUUUACAACCCAAAGGAGGCAAUUCCCACGAGGAUAAUAGUAGUGGAUUCGUGAUACCUAAAACCGGCAGCGUUACUGAAGUAAUAAAAGACUUACACGUACCUCCAACGCCAUCUGUUGACAAAUUGAUUCCUCCGACUCCUGCUAAGAACAUCGAGUUUAUACUCAGAUCUUCGUAUCUACCUUCGAGAGGCGCCAGAGACAACACUGAACGCCGUAAGAAAGAAAGCACGGGAAUGUUGGGUCUUUUGUCAAAAUGGAAGCGUAAUCAUAACACAAGAGUUGUUCCCACGCAGGCAAAACAACAAUCUACAAACUUCGAAAUUGAAAACUUCAUCAAGCUGGUAUUCUCCAUCACCUCAUUAGAAAAUAAAGAUGGCGAUGAAAUGCAAAAACUACUCAGCACAGCAUCUUCAAAAUUUGACAUUUUGAGCGCAAGGACUAUAGACGAGGUAGAGUAUUUCAUUGCCAAGGAGAACGAGCUCUUGGCAAAAGUUUCACAUCAAGGGAGGUAUUUUGACCUUCAGAAAGAUACUCGCCCAAGAUCGUCGGCGGCAAAUCCAGAAGCGACUAGUGCCAUGGAUAAUCUCAAUCUUUACAAAACUGUGAGUUUCAUUGCGUCUUCCGUUAUCUCUCUUUCAAAAACGCUCCAAAGUCAUCAAAUAACCUCUCCUUCUUAUGCCGCAUUUGAGAGGCGCCGAGUAAAUAGCGUUGACGGCUCUUUCAAAGACAAUAGGGCUGUCACCAGAGCAGCAACCCUGCGCUCAAACACAAGAUCCCCUAUUCUUACGAAUGAUGGGCCACGCAAACUGGUAUUUCAUGGGCAGGACAACGUUGCAUUGAAAAGGACGGGUGAGCAACAAGAAACUUCUGCUGCGGUACUGAGAUCUUCCGCCGGUGUUUGGAGUCACUCGGCACCAAACUUGGUAAGCCCUCUUCCUAAAAGCAUGAAGGAGACUCAAGAAAAGAAAUCUAGUCAGAGCCCGACACGCAACUUGCUGCGGCUAUCUUCUAGUAUCAUAGAAGUUGACGACAUGGACUCUAAUUCUAACCGCAGUAAUACGCUCGAAGCAGGAUUGAGUGAAAGCCACAGCAUCAGCUCUCAUUCGCCUGUUAUUAAGAGAAAGGAUGGCCUUCAAAAUCUAAGGGAAUUCAACUUCGAGGAAGAUUUGGAGUCUGAAAAUACAAAUCAUACAUUGCAUGAAAUUGUGACAGAUGAUUCUCCCGUAAAUCUUCUACAAAAAUCUGCUCAAGCUAGUAAAGUUGAUGAAGACAAUUCGAGCUUUAUCACCUCAAAUGAAAAUAUCAGUAUACGCGAAAGCGCUGGGCACAUAACGCCUGCUUCAUCGAUUGCGCAUAGAUCCGUGAGUAGCAACACCGGGCGUAUAAGUCUUCUGGGAAGCCGAAAUCCUAGAACCAGUCUACUGAAACCAGUAGCGCAGAUAAGCAGUGUUGUUAAAGAUGAUGCUUUCAAAAGGCUGGACAAUGAACUUCUGAAUAAUCAAGAGGAAAUUCGGCAUUUGGAGGAAAGAACAUCUUUCAUGAAUCUCAAUGAAGCGAGAAAACACGAAUCCAAAGCUUCGCAAGUAUCACUCACUUCCUCCGUUCCUACAGACCAACUGUAUGCAUCAAGAAACCCAAGUCCGAGGAAAGAAAUUGGCGAGAGUAAUGGUAAAGAGGAUUUUACAGCUAAUCAGAAACUGGUCCGCUUGUCCCUCGUACCGAGCAUACGUUCAAUUGUAAGUGAAGAUUCUUUCUCCACUUUCCAUACCGUGGACACUUUCAGUCAACUCUCGACGAGUAGCAAGGUUGAGCAUGUCUCGGGAACAGGUGCCUCUUUCAUUGAUUACUCCUUGAACGGGGCUGUUAAAGAGUCUUUGACAAUUGCGGAUAGUGACGACAAACCGGGCAACAAGUAUCUUUUCUCACCCGAUAAUGGCAGCAUUGACGAUGCAUCACCUGAAAAGAAUGUUGACGACUUGAAGAUUAAGUUCAUAAGCCCGGCAGGCAAUGACUCCCAGUCGAUGAACGACGGUAUAAUUUCGAUGAUCGAAGGAAAGGAGGACGGCGAGCCAAACGAGGAGCAAGAGUUGGAUGAUAUUUACAGAGAAAAGCAUCAAAAUGAGCACCAUCGGCGCACGGUCACACCUAUAGUCUCACCUUACAAGGCUGAAGACAGCAGAUUGAAUAAUCUGGCAAAUUUAACAGACGAAUCACUACAUGGUGAUCCUGUCAACGUUGCCCUCAUGAAGCUAGAAGGUACUUUUGCCUCAAAUCAGUCUAAAAACGAAAACCAAGAGACGAGCGCGGAAGAAUUGACACAGAGGCGACUGUCUGUGCUCAGAGCCAAUGACAGGAACUCUUUCUUGAUAGAGAGAAGACGGCAGGUGAAAAGUGAAAUACCAAUGACACCUCAUUCCAAGAGCCAAAAUGGCAAUACCAAUCAGAAAGCCACUGAAAGCCAGAUUCGAGAACUUUUGAGCAGUUAUACAUUACAGGACAGUAGGCUGGAUGUCACUAAUGCGGCACAGCAUGUCCCCUUCAUUUUGAUGUAUGACUCAAAGUCAAUUGCGGAACAACUGACAUUGGUGGAAAGAGAAAUUUUGAGCGAAAUAGACUGGAAAGAGCUUUUGGAUCUCAAAGUCAGUCGAAACUUUUCAUCCGUUACGAGCUGGCUGCAGCUUUUGCUGCAAAAUGUCAAUCUUUCUGGUAUCGAUCUGGCGAUCGCGCGCUUCAAUCUUACAGUUGAUUGGGUCAUCUCGGAAAUUGUGCUGACUACCGACAACAAGCUUAGAAGAAACACCAUUCAGCGCUUCAUACACGUAGCGGACCAUUGCAGAAGCUACCAAAACUACAACACAUUGAUGGAAAUAGUCCUUGGAUUGAGUUCAUUGGUGGUGCAGAGCUUCAGAGAUGCCUGGAGGCUAAUUGAACCUGGUGAUGUGCUCAUAUGGGAAACUCUGAAAAACAUUCCAUCCUUGGAAAAGAACUAUCAGAACGUCCGUGGACUACUUAAUGAUAUUGAUCCGUUGAAGGGCUGUAUACCUUUCAUUGUGGUGUAUUUGUCGGAUCUCACUCUCAACUCGGAAAAGAAUAAUUGGAUUGUCGCCAAUGAAGUCCUAAACUACAGCAAAUUUCAGACUAAUGUCCAGAUUGUGAAGAAUUUUAUUCAGAGAGCACAAUGGUCCAAAUUCUACGAUAUCCAAACAAAUGACGAGCUCUUGAGCAAAUGCGUGUACAUAAGCUGUCUUUCGCAGGCUGAGAUUACGCAGUUGAAGGACACUUUAGCGUCUCCACGCUUGGACGCUACCGAAAUUGAAGGUUGA